CAGAGACCAGAGCAUCAGAGACCAGAGCAUCAGAGACCAUCUCAGACAAUACAAUCUUCAGCAUCUCAACCAUCUCUGAACCAUGAAGACCCUGACUGCUCUACUCCUCCUGGGACUGCUCUGCUCCCUCCAUACGACGUCUGCAGCUGUCUUGGGGAUUUCAGCAAUGACUGCCACAGACUGCUGUGUGAAGUUCUACCAGAGCGUGAUCCCUCUUGCUAGAGUGGUUUCAGUUUCUAGAACCCCUAGUAGCUGCCCUCUCCACGCACUGGUGUUUACAACAAAGAAAGAGAUUCGAUUUUGUGUCGACCUGUCUCAGGCCUGGGUCCAGAGUCAUGUGACCAAGAUUGAGAGCAGAUCGUUGUCUCUGCCAGGACAACGAUGAUGUCAUCAACCCCCGCCACCACAAACUAAC